AUGUUCUCGUCAAACACGUCCUCGUCCCUCACCGGAGGGGGAGGCCUCUUUGGAUCUUCCGGAGGAGGAGGACUUUUUGGUGCGACCGGAGCGCAGCCUCAGCAAAACGGCAGUCUUUUUGGAGGCGGAGGUGGCUUCUUAUCUCAACCACAGCAGCAGACGGGAAACCGUUUGUUUGGCAAUGCAGGGACAAUAGGGGCGUCGCUGUUUGGUCAACAACAGACGUCGCAGCCGCAGUCAGGGGGGCUUUUCGGAUCUUCGACGACGACUGGAGGCGGGCUGUUUGGCAGCACUCCUCAGCAACAGAGCGGGGGUCUUUUCGGGAGUUCGGUCCUCUCACAGCCUGCGCAGACAACUGCACAAAGCGGAGGAGGCCUCUUUGGGGGCAACGCAGGCACGACUCUUGGCUCGUCGAUGACUGGUGGCGGCCUCUUCGGCCAGCAACCUCAGCAGACCGGGGGCCUCUUCGGGUCGUCUACGACACCUGGAACGGCAACCGGCACCACAGGCGGCUUGUUUGGUCAGCAGCAAACAGGAGGGGGGGGUCUCUUUGGCAGCAGCGCUGCGUCUGGAGUCGGAACUGCAGGCGGGUUCGGGACAGGCACGCUGGGCACUGCGGCUCAGCCAGCGUCGGGAGGUCUGUUUGGAAGUCAGCCGCAGGGUGGGAGCCUCUUUGGAGGGGCUGCAACCGGCGGGUUCGGGACGACCGGAACUUCGACAGCAGGAGGGUUUGGCACGUCGGCUUUCGGGGGCGGCGCUGGAGGCUCGAUGCUUGGCGCGACCUCCGUGCAACAGCAGCAGCCUUUCCAGCCUCACAAAACUGAAGAUGGCUUAUUGAUGAACAUUUGCUAUGGCCCGCUCGCGGAAAUCUCCCAAGACGAAGAGCGGUGGCGAUUCUACCAGCAGCGCGGGGGAGCGGCGGCGGGCAUAGGCCAGUCCGCUGGGGGCGGUGCAGGCCUGUUCGGGCAACAGACGACGCCGCAGACCGGAGGCGGCCUCUUUGGAAGUUCAGCGGGCACGACCGGAGGCGGCCUCUUUGGAAACGCUUCCACGACGACGGGCACAGGGCUUCUGGGUUCUUCUACCCAGACCGGUGGGCAGCAGACUGGCGGUCUCUUUGGCACGUCCACCGCUGGCGGCCUGGGGGGCGGCGGCCUCUUUGGAUCCUCGACAGUGACUCAGCCUGGGGCCCAACAACAAACCGGCGGCCUCUUUGGAAAUGCCGGAACGACCUCGACGACGACGGGGGGCGGCCUUUUCGGAAACAGCACGCUUGGGACGGCGAACCAGGGGACCGGUCUCUUUGGGGCGACGACAACGCCCCAGCAGACGCAGAGCGGAGGCCUUUUCGGCCAGCAGCAGCAGACGGGCACCACCGGAGGGGGGCUCUUUGGCUCUAGCUCCCUGACUGGCACAGCUACAGGCGGCGGGCUCUUUGGCUCCUCCACAACACCGCCGACAGGUGGCCUCUUUGGCUCUACCGCUCAGCAGCCUCAACAGAACGCCGCCGCAGGUCAGACUGGAGGAGGCCUUUUUGGCUCGACGACAACGCCCUCGACAGCAACGGGCCAGUCGACAACCGGCACAGGCCUCUUCGGGGGGCUCGCUUCGGGCACCGGCACCACCGGAGGCGGAGGCCUCUUCGGCUCUGGAGCCACGGGGACAGCAGCGGGCACGACCGGCGGCGGCCUUUUCGGCAACACUCAGCAGCAGCAGACAUCCUCCCUGACGGGGGGCGGUCUGUUUGGAAACUCCGGCGGUCUGAAGCUAGGGACGACGGCUGCGGGAUCCACGCCAGCCACGGGCACAACUGGCGGCCUCUUCGGAAGCUCCACGACGACGGGCACCUCUGGCGGUACCGGGCUCUUUGGUAGCUCGUUGGGGACAUCUGGCGGCGGGCUUUUCGGGAACACGGCAGCGAAGCCAGGAGAGACGGGUGGCCUCUUCGGGGGCGCCGGGACGUCAACCACCACAGGAGGUCUGUUUGGAAACACCACGGGGGCCACGACUUCAGGAGGCCUUCUGGGCUCCACGACCUCCGGGACAGGGACCAGCGCGACGGGAGGUGGAGGCCUCUUCGGCUCGUCCACGACAGGCACAGGUUCUGGGCUCUUUGGAGGCGGAGGCCUCUUUGGCAGUUCUUCGGCAGGUCAGCAGCAGGCUACAACAGGCGGAGGCCUCUUUGGAUCCGGUUCUGCAGCAGGAGGCACGGGACUUAGCUUGGGCCAGACAACUCAGACAGGUCUGUUUGGAGCUUUGGGGAACUUGUCUGGCGCCGGGGCGGCGCAAGGAGGCUCCGCCACAGCGGCGGCGGCAGAUGCGUACGGCCUAGCCUCGCUCCUGGGAGGUCAAGUCGAGGUCAAGUUGACUCUCUCGGCGCGCCCACUGGAGUCCUCAGCUCAGCAAACAACCCAGAUUUUCGCGCCGAGGCUGCAGCUGCUGGAUCCCUGCGCAGGUUCAGCAGGGGGCAGCGGCCUCGUGGGAGCGUCUGGCCCGAGUAUGUGGCGGUCGUGUGCGCCGGCGCGCCUUUCGCGGGGACGACGGUUUCGGCCGGUGGGGUCAACAGGAGGAGGCCUGGCUGGAAGUUAUCUGACGAACGGAGCGUCAAACGCCUCAUUUGCACUUCCAGAGGCGUAUAUUCAGCGUGCGUUCGGGGUUAGUCGCAGCUCGUCCGCGCCUGGUGAGGAGGCCACAUCAGCGAGCAACAGCGGCCUUCUGCGCACGCUUGCGGACGGGAGGGUCCCCUCGGGGCCUUCAUGGGUCUCGGGGAUGUUCGAGAGAUCUGCAGCUGAAGCGCUGAUGCUGCAGCGAUCCAGCAAAGCAAGAACUCUCACUCCGGAGCAAGUCACUCCGUGGUCGGCGACAGCUCUGCGUUUCAUGCGCUCGUGUCCGUACCCUGAGCAGGAACUGGUUGAGGCGAAUGCACGAACAGCUGCCAACAGAGCCUCGCUCGCCCUUCCCCCAACGUCGAAGUCGGCUCCAGCCGCAGCCGGCAGCUCCGGUUCUCAGGAGGCGGCGUCGCUUCCACCGACAUCGGCCUCGUGUCCCGCCGCGGACGGGACUUUCGCGCACGGUGCGUCUGGCGGCGCGCCUGAGAUCGCGUCGCCCGCUGCCGGGGGCGCCCAGGGCACUUCGACUGCGCAGAGACAAGCCAAUUUGGGACGCGCGCCUGUCCAGACCUUCUCCCUCGCGACUCCAGGAGAUUCUCCAGGCACGUCGCCAGAUGGUGCAGGAUCCGCCGCCGAAAGCGCUUCGGGCGGAAGGGCCGUCGUGAGCGCAGGCGCGUCGUCUACAGGCCUCGACACGCUGAUCGCCUGCAUGCCCGCUCCCCAGGACUUGCGCCCUGUUCUCACGCGCGCCGACUACGAGAGCGUGCCUUCCAUUGAAGUCCUCACGGGGAUGACAGAGCAAGAGCUCUCUCGAGUCCAAGAUUUCACUAUCACGCGCAGGGGAUACGGAAGCAUUCGCUGGCCCGGAUACACGGACCUCAGAGGCAUCAACCUCGACGAAGUCGUCAAGAUUGAGAAACUGGAAGUGAGCGUGUACGGCAACGACUCUCCGCCGCUCGGGGUCGGGCUCAAUAGGAGGGCGAUUAUAACUCUCAAGAACUGCAAGCCUAAGAGCAUGAAGUCCCUCGAGACUCGGGCACUUCAGCGGCCGGAAGACGAGGCGUACCUGCAGGACAAGCAGCGCCAGCACGUGGCGAAGGUGCGGCGCUACACGGAACGCAUGGGCGCCAAAUUCUUGGAUCUCAACCUGGCGACUGGCGAGUGGACUUUCGAGGUUGAGCACUUUAGCACGUACCGCUUUCUCGACGAGGACGACGACGAGAACGACGAGGCCCUUCAAGCGAAACUAGGGCGAGAGGCCGUGUGCGCGGCGUCCUCCCGUCCGCCGCCCUCACACCCAGCUCCUCAGUCGCCCGGCUCACCCAGACAAGACUUGUUGACCUGCGACGGCUCUCCAUCGCCGCUUUCCCCCGAGGGGGGAAGCGACGAGCCGAAGGAGGACUCCGCAGGGCCAGACGCGUUCACCUCCGAGCAAAAGUAUCUGUCCCGCCUCUACUUCGGCGACCGCGGCGCAAAGGCUGCUGUCUCCGGAGGGAUUUUUCGCUACGCAGGCCUGAUGAAUGCGGCGUUCAGCGGGCGAAAGCAUGCUACAUCGGACGUCCAAACGAAAGCGGGCACGCGCCUAGAAUUUUUUGGCGAACGUCCCGAAGGAGAGCUUGCGGACCGUAAAGCGGGUGGCUUGAUCAACGCAGAACUGGCGCUCGCUGCGGGCCUUCAGGGCAAGGCCGACGCGCAGCGAGACGCGAGCCUCAACCCGCAGGCUGGUUCCUUCGGAGGCGACUCCGUGAAGACGGCGACUGCGCGGUCCGUUCUUUCUGAGGCGGGCACUGGAGGCAGCGCAUGGAGAAUUGGGUCGGCAGCAGGCCGCGACGCCGUUCCUGCCGCCCCUGUGUCCGCGCUCUCCUCGCCUUCCUUCUUGCCCCUUCCGCAGCGCAGGCACUGUCCCUACCCGGUCCGCUGCGCGCCGGUGAUUUCGCGCGGCGGCCUCAUGGCUCUUCCCGUGCUUGCUCUCCCUGCGGCCUCCGCAGAACCCGCCGUGCUCGCGUCUCCUUCGUGUGCAGUACUCCAGAUUGCCCGCGUUUCGCCGCUUCUCUCUCAAGAAGGCUUUGAGGCAGCGCGGGACGCCUCGGCUCCUGCGGUCGCUGCUGCCGGCCGGACACACGCCGCUCAGCAGCAGGAGGCGCGGUGGACAGCCGGGGAAGUCUUGGAGGAGGGCACAUUCGCCUCGGAGAGAGAGGAGGCACAGGACGAGAAGGCGUCUCUCGGAGCCGCAGUUCAGCGGUACGUCGAGUCGGGUUCUCGGCAGCCGACGGCCGGCGACUUGGUUUCUUCGGCCUUCCCCGUGGGGGACGCUUUCCCGCUCGGUACGGGCCGCCGCGACGAAGACAGCGCCCACGGCCAAGACGCAGGCUCCAAGGAGCUCCUGAGCACCUCUCGAAACGGCUGCGGAGUGCGUCGCACCGUGUGUGCUGCGGCGAUGUCUCAGGUCAUCUCCGCCUUCAUGCAAGAGCUUGUCAAGGAAGGAGACUUGCGCGAGCAAGCGGGGCAGGUCCCCACGCCCGAGGGAUCGGAACAGGGCUCCAAAAAUGGCGCACGCAGCAAGACGUGCACGUGGUGGCUUGUGAGCCAGAUAUGCCGUCCCCCGCAGAACAAGGGAGAGGACGCGGCGCCGUCCUCUCCGCGUCGAGCUCCCCGUAGUGCCCGCGUUGUGCAGCGUCUGCUGGUUCGUUUGCUCGCGUUUUUCCAGCAGCAGAAACGCCUCUACUGCGGACAGGCUUCGGCCUGGGAAGGCCCGCGUCCGGAGGCCUCCUAUCUGGCUCCGUAUAUGCUGCAGACCUGGCAGCUGCUGGUCGCACUCAUGCUCUCCAGCCCUGAGAGGGAGGAAGUCCUGUGCGCAGGCGCAGCGUCAAACCUUUUUUCCGGACGCGACAUCUCGCCAGAGGCCAUCCUCGAGCGCCAGCGCCAAGAGCGCGUCCUGGACUGGCUUCUGGGUGAGGCCGCACGAGAAGUCCGCACGCUGCUGCAGCAGGCCGCUGUCCUUCGCAAGAAGCCGGAGACUCGGAAAGGACGGGAGUCCUCAGGAAGCUGCGACAAACAGAGGGCGGACGGGAUGCGCACGCCUGCGCUGUUCAGGCUGGCAGGAGCCGCUGGGAGAGUGGCUCUCGACGCGGCGGUUGCGGUCAGCGGAGACGAAGAAAGGAAGCUCUUGGCUGUCUACCACCUGGCUGCUGCAGGACAGCUCUUCGAGGCCGUCGAGCUCCUCUUAAACAGCGCACCCGGGGCGCCGUUCUAUCCGCACUUGGCGCUGUGUCUCGCUGCCCACGUCCAGCAGCAGGUCGGACGCGAGUUCCUUUACUACAACUUGUUUCGCUCGACGGCGGCUGCGGGCUUGACUCCCCCCGCGGGCAUUGUUCGUCUCUAUCGCCUGCUCACUCCGUCGACGUUACAGUCUCACGAACUCCCUUCCACUGGCGCGAGUUCUGCGCAGAAGGACGGCGAGAAGCGAAGAAGGUCCUACUGCUUUUUGUCUCCCAGCAAACGGCGCACUCCCGCGGCGUCUGGCACCUCCGCAGCUCUGGCUUCGCAGGCGAACCUCGAGAGCGAGGAGGGAGAAGAGGAGAGCCGGCAGGCGAGCGCGCACGACGCGCUCGCGCUCGGUCAGGAGCACUUUGUGAGCUGGCGCCACGAGUUGACGGCGAGCCUCGUUUUCAACUCGGCGAGUCCCCUGGAGAGCCCGGCGCGAAGCGUGGGCGGCGCGGCAAAAUCCGGCGCAGACAGAGAGAAGGAUGGCGCGCAGAAGGCCGCAGAAGAGACACUUAACCCCGCCACCGCGGGAGCCACCGCAAGAGACGCCGGCGACGCCGACGUAUUCAAGCGCAUUCGAAUGGAACUGGUGGCCCCGCCUCAGGCUGGGGAUGCGCCCAGGGAACUGCGCCGAGCUCUGCUGCACUUCGAGCGGCUGCGUCGCUCCCGAGGCCAAGGCGCGCUGCGUCCUGCUUCGCCCGCGCCGCUGUACCGGCAGCAAGAAGCGACCGGCACGGAGGGCGCGAAGGAUGUCUUGGAUCUCCAGUACAGUCUCCUGCGGACGCAUGCGGGUCUGGUCCAGCCCUCACUCGCCUUGUUCGACCCCGCGUCGCACACGCCGUACACGCUGGAUUUCUUCUUCGCGUGGACUGCAGGCCUCGUCACGGCGCUGCACCACGGCAGCGAGAGAGCGCGGACGGGGGGGACGGAGACUGCGGAGGCGGAAGGCGACGCAGAAGGCCUGGACAGGGACGAGGCGCAGCAGCUGCAGCGACUGACUGUCUCGUUCGCCAACGAGCUCGAAUCGCUGCCGCGCUGCUGGCCCUGGGCCUGCGCGGCUCUCCUCUUUGCGCCGUUUCACGAUCGGGCCCUGCUGGGCGUGCGCGCGCUGAUCAAUCGUCACGCGGCGGAGUUCACUUGCGCCGGGUUCGCGGCGUCGGGCGGCGGAGACUCGCAGCAGAGUGCGCGUGGGCUGGAGGUGGAGAAGACGCUGUUUGAGGACAACCGGCAAGAAAUUCUGCGCGUCCUCGUCGAUGAAAUCGGCGUCCCACAGUGGUGGAUCGACGAGGCCGACGCCGCCUACGCGCUCAACCAACAGAAAUUCAUGCAGGCAGCCUUCCUGUUCUACUGGGCCUGCUUGCGACUUCGUCUGCCGCUGACCCGCGGGUUCCUGGGGUCAUCGGUUGCGGCGCCGCUGCGGGCGUCGCUGGCGAGUCUCUGGAGCCCGUCGGGCGCGGUCGAGAGACACCUCCUGCGGCAGGCGGGCCGGGCCCUACUGCAGUGCCUCCCAGGCUUUCUCCUGGCCGUGCUGCUGCAGCAGAUGCAGCUCGUGGAGGAGAGGACUCGCGUGUCGCGCAUGCGCAGGGCCCUCGAGAAGUGCGAAAGCCUCACGGGCUCGACUCACGCGGGGCCGGCUCGCGCCCUCGCCGAGGAGCUGAGGCUGCAUGAGACGGCGCGACGCAGAGACACUCCGGCCCCAGGUGACGCCGGAGAGAGGCCCGCGGAGGCGGCAGGCGGCGUGGGGCGCGUUCCCUCGGUGCGGAUUCUGUCAACUGAGACCAAGAUGAGUUUGCUGCUCGAGAUCCUCGAAGCGGUGCGGACGACUCUGGGCGCGGGUCCCUCGAAGUUGUUUGAAGACGCGCGAGAGGUGACCGUCCGCGAAAACGGAAUCGAGAAAGAAAUCCUCGCGAGCUGCGCCGUCGGCGCCGAACAAAGGUCAAUCCUCCCGGUCGAUCUGACGCGUCUCGCGCGCCUGGAGACCGCUCUCCGCUGGCUGAUGAAGAGACAGAGAAAGCACAGCCGCGAGGACUGGGACGCUGUCUCGCGCAAGAUGCCGCCAUUCGCGGACAGCGACGAGAGAGCUGCGGACGAAGACUUGUCCGCGCGUCUGCUGCGAGAAGCGGAGCAAGAGACUCAGAGACCGGAGGCUGAUCAAACAAACGGCGUGUCGCGGCCGGGCGUCUCUGCUGACGGAGGAUCUGGCGAGCACGCAUUCUGGAUAGCGGUGAGGACUGCGCUUCUUGAGGAGAGCACGGCGUGA